CAGUCUUGCCUGAAUGAGGAACAGCAUAAGAUAAAGAGGGCAGUAUAAAAUGUGAAAAUCCCAGUGUAGUACUGGGGUCAGAGGGAGCAGCCAGCAGACAGAUGGCUAGCAGGAAAGCAGCCAAGGGGAAGGCGGCAGCCAAGCGGACUCAGAGGGGCUCUUCCAAUGUCUUCAGUAUGUUUGAGCAAUCACAAAUUCAGGAAUUCAAGGAGGCCUUCAGCUGCAUUGAUCAAGACAGGGAUGGGAUCAUAAAUAAAUCUGACCUGAAAGAAACAUACGCACAGCUGGGCAAGCUGAAUGUCAAGGAUGAGGAACUAGAGGAGAUGCUGAAGGAAGGAAAAGGUCCUAUUAAUUUCACAGUCUUCCUCACUCUGUUUGGGGAGAAACUCAAUGGCACUGACCCCGAGGACACAAUACUUCAGGCCUUCAAACUAUUUGACCCUCAUGGCACUGGCUUAGUGAAGAAAGAUGAAUUCCGACGGUUGCUCCUAACACAAGCAGACAAAUUCACAGAAGAUGAGGUGGAGCAGGCUUUUUCUGUUGCCCCCAUUGAUGUUGCUGGAAAUAUUGAUUACAAAUCACUCUGCUACAUCAUAACUCAUGGAGACGAGAAGGAAGAGUCAUAGCCCAUGGAACACCAUUGGACAUGUCAGCGCUCAAAAAAUACAUUCAUCUUAAAUACCACUUUAAUUAGCCAGAUUCUGUAAAGUGAUUUUCCUGCCCCCCUGACCUCCCUUCACUUACUCUGUUUCCUC